AAUAUGUUAUCGUCGGAUUCGCCUACCCGGGCUAGGCUAGGCUGGGUACUUCGGCGUCCCUCAGUGUCCGCUGUAAUGUUCCUGGCCACUUUAAUCACGGCUGAUUGGACUUUAUUCAUCGUUACAGAGGCACUGCUCAUCUUCCACACACGGUCGGGACUGUUGGCAGUUCUCUCUCUCGCCUGCCCUCUCAUCUCCUUUAUCGGGUACAUUACCCCUAUCGGUAGCGUGGUCCAGGCAUUCAAGGCUCGAGAUGCGUCCAAUCUGCCCAUGCCUUUCCUGCUCAGCCAGGCCUUCCUUUGCCUCAUAUCCAUCUCCUAUGGUGUAUCGGUAAACUCCCCACCCAUAUGGGCCACCAACCUCUUUGGCCUUACGACCCAGGCAUUGUGGAUGGCAGCAGCCAGGUGGAUAGCAGCUGCCGCAACUCCACCAUCAUCAUCUGGGACUGUUGAUGAGGAAGGGGAGCGGUCAGCCCGCAGUUCGGGGGGUCGGCGAUCCUCUGCGAAGUCCCUGCCCGACUUGGAGGGAGCGACUGUGUCCUCACCUGUGCCCCCACCGCUUUACUCGGCCCUUCUUUCUACCUGCCUUGCUUGCCUCACACUCACCGUGUUGUCUGUCAUACCCACAAGGGUCGUAGGUUUCGCCAUGUGCCUCCAAGGCAUCAUUCUCAGCGCCUCCCCGUUGGCUCGGCUCGGUGCUGUCCUUGAGAGCCCGCACGCUGACGCCAUUCCCUUUCCCAUAUCUCUCAACAUGGUCGUAGGUGACG